AUGAAAUUCGCUACCAUCGCUUGUGCCGCUUCGCUUGCCUCUUUGGCUAAUGCUGCCACUCAUUACGUUACAAGAUAUCACUACGUUACUGUUGGCCCAGACGGAAACGUUGUUGGUUCAGAUGUCUCCGUUGCUCCUCAGCCAUCCGGUUCUGAAAUCAACAAAAUUCUUGUUGUCACUUCAAGUGGUGAUUCGCUUAGCACUUUCGUUCCAACUACUUUAAAGACUGUCACAGGCUCCUACAGCUCCAUUAGCACAACCGUUGCUGACACGUCUGUUACUUCCUCUCCUGCCUCUACCUCUACACCCGCCUCUUCUUCAUCGAAUGACUCUGGUGACAUUUCUUCGGCUAACGAUCCAACUUGGGCUAAGGAGAUUUUAGAUCUUCACAAUGAGAAGAGAGCUCUUCACUCCGCGCCUGCUUUGACUUGGGACGCAGACGUGUACGCCUAUGCGCAGGCUUACGCUGACAAGUUUACUUGUGGCGGUUCCUUGAAGCACAGUGGUGGUCAAUACGGUGAAAACUUGGCACUCGGAUUUUCCACUGCUGAAACUGCUUUCGAGGCUUGGUACUCGGAGGGUGACAACUACGAUUACUCUACCGCUUCCAGCUUCGACCACUUUACCGCCGUCAUCUGGAAGAGCACUACCAAGCUUGGAUGUGCAUACAAGGAGUGUGACCAAGGCAGAUACACCAUCUGUUCUUACGACCCAGCAGGCAAUGUUGUUGGCGCAGGUCUCCAGAACCUUUUCUCUAGUUAG